UGGUUAUAGUAGAGCUCUAUAUUAGCCAUCCUUUAUAUGUAAGCUACAUUCUGAUUGGCUGACAAUGCGUAAAUUACAAGAUGGCGAUGAUAUCUGUAGUCGAGUCUCCUAUUUUUGAUCGGAGUGCAUUCGUCUCUUGACGGACACUGUACCUCAUUGCACGACUCAUAAUACGGACUUAUUAUAUAUAUACUUAUACACCGUUUACCACCACCCCUCUCGGCUAAAAAAAAAAAAAAACUAAUUAAACAAGCGAGACUAAAUAAUUAUAUUUAUUUCGUCACCAACUUGAUAUUUGCAUCUUUUUUCGUCUUUUAGAAAAAGACAUAGAUCGAAUGUAAAUGGAUUUAUUUACUAAGAUGGAUUCAGUUUGCGAUCUGUAAAUUGUGCCAUGCUGAACCUUACGGAGUUCUGAUAGACCUCCAUCCAGUUCCAGUUUAUCAUGUAUCUGUUGGAAGCCGGUGUGUCAAGUGUGGCUAGAUUAAAACAUUUCCCAGCAAAAAAAUUUCAUACUGAAUCCUAAAGAUGCCCUGGGUGGAUGGAUCCUAUUCAUGGAUAAUCCUUGCUUUGUCCUUGUUCCUAGGUACAUUCGGUACUCUCGGAAUUCUUAGGGGAUUUUACAUGAUAUUCAUUGUAGCAAUAUUUUUGUUUGGCUUCCUUAUUAUUGCUUAUAAUUAUGGAUGUGAAAUGUCCAAGAGUAUUUUGGUACUGAAUCCUUUUAGAUUACAAUACAUGGAACCAGGCCUAACAAAAGUAAAAAACAUAAUGCAAAAUACCGGCAGGUAUCGCAAUUUUGAUCGCAGAAUGACUGGGGCUAGUGUAAUUGAUGAAGCAUUGCAAGAAGUGCUUGAUUAUUUAAUGCGAGAUUAUGUAUUGAGUUGGUAUCGCCCUCUUAGCCUUCAUGAUGGGUUCAUUAUUAGCAUUCGGAAAUGUAUGCAGAAGGUCAUCACCACAUUUGCAAGCAAAUCAAAAGAAGUUGAAUGGAUGCCAUAUUUCACCCAAAAGUUGGUUGACGAUUUCGCUUCUCAUAUUCGGUUAUAUAGGAGGGCAAAUGAAAAAUUUAAAAGCCUCCUUAAAGAUGAUAAUGUUAAUCCCGAUAUAGAAAGCAUAUUUUUUGACCUAGAAGUGGAGAUGGAAAAAAUGUGUCGAGAUACAACUAUUACAUCAACUGAGCAUGAGCACCGAUAUUUAAGAAACCUUUCUGAAGUUUUAUUAUAUUUACUUUUACCAAAAGAAGAUUUUCAAAAUAAAUCAUUUAGAUAUAUUAUUAGAGAAGUGUUAGUAAAUGAAAUAUUUAUACCAGCUGUAGAUUUAUUAUCUGACCCAGAUUAUAUUAAUCAAAGCCUGUCAUGGCUGUGUAAAGAAGCUACAUUUAAUAAUGACACGUUCAUGACUGUGAUAAAGACGACAGAUUCCAUUGAGGAACUAGAAGCUGUGAAAGAGAUGGUUAACCAUGACAUUGCACGAUGGCGAAGCAAAGAUACAGGAGGCUCAAAUGAUACUGUGAUAAAACAAAAUCUAAAUAGUUUACGAUUUGUUCAGAGCAUGUGUGAUACUAGAAUGAAUUGUCUUUUGGCUGGCCAGACAGACUCUGAUCUUCAGUGUGAGGAACCAGAAUUCUGUAAAGCUCAGAAUUUAUUUGUUUUAACUCUAGAAGAUAUUUUAAACAACAAUAUUGCACUUUCUGUUUUUAUUGAAUAUAUGACAAGUAUUGGAGGAGAGCAGUAUCUAUUUUUUUAUCUAAACGUUGAGGGUUUCCGAGCAGCAGCUGAAGAACAAAUCUCUGCCGCUCAUGAACAGAAAUUAACAGAAGGAGCUAAUGAGCCUGAUUUAGAGUCAUUACGUAGAGCAGCUAUGAUUAUUUAUGAGCAGUAUUUGUCUGAAAAAUCAACAUCCAAAAUUAAAGUUGAUCCUGAGAUAUGCAAACGAACAUUGAUAAAUAUCAAAAGCAAAAUGCUGACUGAAGAUGCUUUUGAUGAAGUCCAAAGCAAGGUGUUCCAGUUACUGCUAAACGAACCAUUUUACGAAGGUUUUCUGCAGAGUACUAUGUAUGUAAAAUUACUAGCUGAACUAGGUCUAUUGCCAGACAGCAAGAAAGAUGAUGGUAGCACACUGGAUGUUGAUGAUGUUUGUUCAUCCAAGUCCAGUAACCCUUCUCUGCUUGCUACUACUACUACUACUACUACUACCAUCACUACUACCAUUAGUGAUUCCACUUGUACUACUACUACCACCACCACCACUAGUGAUACCAUCUGCUCUACUACUACUAUUACUACUACUACUACUACUACCACUCCUGAUGAUUCUCUUGGUGAUUCCAUGUUUGAUGGGUAUAGUGAGGCAAGUGUAUCUAACUCACAAAAUGUUGUUUUAUCUGCACAGGUUAGCCAAACAGGUAUUGUAAAAGAGUCUGAGAAAAGUGGCAAAUCUUAUGCUGUUUACGCUAUAACAGUUAAGAAAAUUCAGUCAGAUACAGACAUGUGGGAUGUUUAUCGCAGAUACAGUGAUUUCCAUGACUUACAUAUGAUCAUUACGGAGAAGUAUAUACAAAUACCAGGAUUAAUGCUCCCAGGUAAAACUGCUUUUAAGAAUAUCAACAAAGAAUUUCUUGAAAAACGGCGGAGAGGUCUCAAUGCUUAUUUGCAGUUCGUCAUGAAUGCAGAGCUGUGGCAAUCAUACCCAGGUUUAGAAGAUCUGGUAAAUCAGUUUUUGGCACCUGGUCUUUGGGAGAAGCACAAAAGUGAGCUGGCUCGUAAGAUGGAAAUUCUUGUGACUCCUCUUCGUAGUUCUGUGCGGACUGUUGGAACUGCUGUCAAACAUAUGCCAGACGUGGCAGAAGGUGUGGGCAAGUUGUUUAAUGUCAAAGGGCUGACAGCUAACUUACCUCGUAGUGAAGCUUUGGAUAGUGGCAAAGUGGGUGCUGGACUUGACCCAGACGUGGGAGAAAAUAUACCUCUUCGUAUUCUUUUGUUACUAAUGGAUGAAGUUUUUGAUUUGAGACAAAAGAACCAAUGGCUGCGCCGUCGACUUGUUGCUAUCCUUCGACAGUUAAUUAAGGCCACCUUUGGAGAUAUGAUCAACAGAAAAAUAGUGGAACAUGUUGAUUGGAUGACAUCAGCUGAACAGAUGGCAGAAUAUGUGAAGACUUUCAGAGAUUCUUUUUGGCCAUACGGUUCCCUUGCUGACAGGAAUCCUGCAAGAGAUGAAAAUACCAAGUUGCGAACUAGAGUUGUGUGCAGGGCUAGAAUGCUAGGUAGCAUUCCAGAUGAAAUGCGCCAUUUAAUGGGCAAUGAAACUGUGAAGAUGGGCGUAGUCCGUGUAUUUAAUAUGUUCCAACACAAAAGCCUCAAUAAGCGUUUAGUGUACGUCUUCCUUGAAGGAAUGCUGGAGACAUUAUUUCCUCAAAACAAAUUCAAUGAAAUAUUCCUUAAGCUACAUUCCAAAUCGCAGCGUCAGAAAUCCAGUAGUUGUAACUCUGCAAAAGAUCCUCUUCGUAGACAGAAUUCAGGCCAGUUAGCAGUAAGAUGACAUGGUUGACAAUCAUCAGUAUUUUUCCCUUUUUUUUUUCACCUUGACCCUCCCUCACAGUGACACAAGUAUCCUCAGAAUUUUUCUUGCUGGCAAUGGUUAAGGUAUUUAUUAAGAGGAUUCUCUGUGUCUGUCAGUCGGUGUUGCUCAGUCCUUCCAACGUCUGAUACUGAUUUGAGCUAUCAUAUCAAAAUUCUUUUGAGAUGAGGACAGAAAAAAGCAUAUUGCCAAUGUAGACUAGUGAGAACUGCUGGACAUUGACUGGAAAUAAAUCCUUCCUAUUUUGGAGAGAAUGUUUAUACCAAAAAUCUUUUAAAUUAAAGAAAAAAGAAACAACAAACAAUACUCCAUAGAAAAUAAUUUUUCUUUCCAAUUCUUAAUUUUUUUACCAAUUACUCGCACACCUUCAAAACAAAAAGUAUUAAAAUCAAUCACAGUCAUUUGAAGGGAAUAAAAAAAAAAAGAAACAUUUCUCUUUUAAAAACAAAAUUCAAAUGAAGAAGGCAUACGAUAAUAGUAACUUAAAUCACAGCCCGUGGUUUGUUGCUUUAACAGUGAAAAAUUAAACCAUUACACAAAAGCAAAGUGACUUCUGGAAAUUCUGGUUGAGAAAUGAAAGCAUGUUGUUUGGAGCAGAAAUGGCAUUAUUUUAGAUGAAUGCUGAAUAUUUUCAUUUUUUUUUUUUUUAGCCUUUUUAAAAUUUUUUUAUGUGUGAUUGGUGAGAGAAAUAAUGAAUUUUCUAUGACCCUUAUAAUAAUACAAAACCAGCUGUCUUAGUUUUCCUCCCUAUACAUACAUACACACAUACAAACACAGAUAUAUAUAGGCAUGCCUGUCUCAUACUUAUUCUCAUACACAUAUUUUAAAGAAGAACAGUAAAUACAACACACUAGUUAGUAAUAAUUGCUUUUAAACUGAACUCUUGUCUCUUAUCAUUUUAUGACGGAGCUAGAGUUUAAAAAGAGAGGGCUUUGUUUCUGUAUAAUUGGAUAUAGUUAAGCUCCUUUUAAAUUGUGUUCCCCAAUGUCAUGUACGCACUUACAUGUAUAUGCAUGCAUCUAUGCAUAUAUACACACACACGUAUUUAUAUGUUUGUGUAUAUUUACUUGUAGGUGUUGAUUACUUUUUAAUAACUUAUAUCUUAAUAGGUUUAUGACUUGAUUCAGUUGGCAUUAUUUUUAAACAUCACACCCUCAUUUAUUUAGUCAUAAUUUUUACAACCUAUGUUCCACCAUCUUCUGUUUAGCUUUCAUUUCUCUAAUUGUCCUCGUGGAAUUGAAGAAAUUGAUUCUUCUUUGAAUUGUUUACAUUUCUAAACAAAGAAAUGAGUCUUGUUUUGUAUCUGCCCAGCUAGAGCUUACCUGGGUUUCAACAACUACUGCAGUACCAACAUCAUAUGUUCUUUGAUAUCAUCAUAUAUAUAUUUAAGGAAAAAAAAAAAGAAUUAAAAUUACCAUUUAUAAAAUACAUUUUUCAAGAAAAUUUAGCUUUAUUUAACAAUUUUUUUAUACAUUCCAUUCUUUGGUCGAUGGCCCAGGUUCUCAAUGUAGGGCAGGGAGAAUACCCCAGGUACUUGGGGAGAAGUGAGGGAUAAGUUUAGGUAAUCUGAAAUAAUUUUAUGUCAAAAUCAUGUGCACAAGAAUAGCUGUGUGGUUAAGAAGUUUGCUUUGCAAUGCAAUGUGGGUCUGAGUUUAAGCCCACUGUGCAGAACUCUGGGCAAGUAUCUUCUACCAUAUCUUCGGGUUAACCAAUAUCCUGCGAGUGGAAUUUAGUUGGCAGAAAAUGCAGAAGUUUAUCAUGUAUGUUUAUAUAUAUGUCUUAUAUAUUUGUAUCUAUGUUGUAUAUGUCAUAUAUGUACUAUAUAUGUAUAUAUAUGUCAUACAUAUAUAUAUAUAUAUAUGUAUAUGUUGUAUAUAUACCAUAUAUAUAUAUGUAUAUGUCAUAUAUUUAUAUAUAUGUAUAUAUGUCAUAUAUAUAUAUGUAUAUGUCAUAUAUUUAUAUAUAUGUCAUAUAUAUAUAUAUAUAUAUAUAAUCCACGCAUAUAUAUGUAUAUAUUCAAAGCUGAGUUUGCACUGAUUUUAUUUUCAGUUGCCUGAGGAAUGUAAAUGGGAAAUUCAAGCCCUCGGCUUUGAAUAAAUGUUAUUCCACUCUACUGUAUUACAUUUUCCAUUUCAUUACAGUUCAUUCCAGUGGUAAUUCAAUCAUACAUACAUGCACACAUACAUGCAUACAUAUCUAUAUAUAUAUAUAUAUAUAUAUAUAUAUAUAUAUGUGUAUGUGUGUGUGUGUGUGUGCAUGUGUAUAUUCAAUUUUCGCUGAUACAUAUUGUGGAAAAAUGUAAACAUUGAUGAGGAGAAAGCUGCUAAGCCGGUGCUUGUAAACAAAAAAAAUACCUAAGUUGCAUACAGAUGCUCCCUUGUCACAAUCAUAGAUCCAGUGAAGCAGUGAUUGGCCCAUUUUGAAACCUGUAAUCACUGAUGCUAUUGUUUAUAAAAUGCGAUGUAAAAUAAAGUCAAAGAAAACAAAUCUGAAAAAAAAAAAAAGAGAAAAGAAAAAUAAUCAAUCAUUGAUUGUUAAUGUUGUAUAAUAAAAUUCUCAAAAAAUUUCUGACCAGAAAUUAUACAUCUGAUUGACACUAUUGGUGAUUUUUGCGAAGGUGUGCAUGAGAUUUGAAUGCUGUCCAUAGCUUUAAGCUGAAGGGACAUGGUGCAUAGAUAGAAAGAAGCCUUUGUAAUUCUAUAUAGUCAUUGCAGACCCUGUUAAACUGAGAAAUUACUGUAGCUAACUGUGGUUAAUAUUGAUCUUUGUGUUUUUAGGACGGUGAGCUGGCAGGGCAGACUUGUUAGCAUGCUGGACAAAAUGAUUAACAGCAUUUGCUUUUCAUCAUUUUUGGGGUUGAUGAAAUAAGUACCAGUCAAGUACUGGGGGCAAUGUAAUCAACUUACUCUCUCCCCCAAACUUACUGACUUUGUGCAAAAAUUUGAAACCAAUGUUAAUCUUUAUAUAGUUCUAUAUUUAAGAGAUGAGGAAUUAUGUACAUUAUUCACAUUUGACGGAUAUUUGUCAUCUUGUUUGUUGUUAAUACAAGAUUUCAGCUGAUAUACCCUCCAGCCAUCAUCAGGUGUUUUGGGGAAAUUUCGAACCUGGGUUCUCAUUCCUAAGGUAUUUUUGAAUGUUGUUGUUUUUAUUAUUAUUAUUAUUAUUAUUAUUAUUCAGGUCACUGCUUGAAAUCAAACUCGGAAUCUUGGGGUUAGUAGCCAUUGCUCUUAACCACUACGUCAUAUGCAUGUGGUUAAGAGCAUGGGCUACUAACCCUGAGAUUCCAAGCAGUGACCCGAAUAAUAAUAAUAAUAACAUCGACAAAUACCUUAGGAAUGAGAACCCAGGUUCGAAAUUUCCCCAAGACACCUGAUGAUGGCUGGAGGGUACGUCAGCUGAAACAUUGUGUUAACAACCAACAAGAUGAGGAGAAAUAUCUGUCAAAUGUAAAAAAUGUAUUUAUCUUUAUUUUUUAGGGAAGUAAACUAGCAGAACCAUUAACACGCUGGGCAAAAUGCUUAGCAGCAUUUUGUCCAUCUUUUUGGUCCUUGUAGAUUGAUUUUGCCUUUCUUCCCUUUUGGGGUCGAGAAAAUAAGCACCAUUUGAAUACCGGGGUUGAUGUAAUUGACUUACCACUUUCCCUCAAACUUGCUGGCCUUGUGCCAAAAUUUGAAACCAAUAUCAAUCUUAAUUUUCACUCAGAAAUGAGAAUAACAUAGGCUGUUUCUUCAAGUAUAAAUCUAAGUUAUAAAUUACAUACCAUGUGAGAGAGAGAGAGAGAGAGAGAGAGAGAGAGAGAGAGAGAGAAAGAGGAAGUAUGGGUACUUACAUGUGUUGUGUAAAGUCUCAGGUAUUUGACAAAACUCAUUUUGAACUCAAUAUUUAAAUUAUUUCUUCUCUUUUGGUUUACAUUGUUUUUUUGUAUAAGAUUUUUUAAAAAAUUUAUAUUCAACCAUUCUCAUCUCCCAAAAAUAUUAACUUAUUACAUUUAUCAAUUCGUAUUGCAAGAUUCCUGAUGUGAAAUCAUGUGUUGAAACAGAUAUUGUUGUAUUUCGGGGUGGUAAUUUAAAAAAAAAAUUUUUUUGCCAAAUAAACAUACACUAUAUAUUUUUUUCUUCUCUCAUUUAUUACUGUUAUUAUUUUAUUAUUUUAACUUGUGUCCCUUGUCUGCACAAUGGACAUGAGUUAAAAUAAUAAUAAAAUAAGAACAGUAAUAAAUGAGUGAAGAAAAAAUAUAUAGUGCGUAUGUUUAUUUGGCUAAAAUAAAAAAAAAACCAUCCCGAAAUACAACAUUAACUGAUGACAUUUAUGUAUUUGUUUUGCAAGAUACCUGAUAUGAAAUAUGGAUAUUGUUAUACUUUGGGAUGGUCAUAUUUUGCCAAUUUCACACACACUCUAUAUGUUUGUUCUUUACUUCAGCUUUAUUAUUAUUAUUGUUGUUAUUUUUGUUUCUUUGUCAAAGUUCUUUUGUCACGCUGCUUGUGACCUCUUCACUUCAGCUUUAUUGUUAUUAUUUUUGUUGAAAGGAUUAUUUAUUUUUUUUAGUAAUAAUAAUAAUCCUUUAUACUAAAAAAAAAGCUAACCUUUAGUAGAAAGGAUUAUUAUUAUUUUUGUUUCAUUGUCAAAGCUCUUCACACAUUGUGUGACCUCUUCAAUGACCCUUUAGCUCACAUGUUUCCUCUUGUUCUGCUGAAGAGGUUGCAAAAGAGCUUUGACAAAGAAACAAAAAUAAAAAUAAUAAAGCUGAAGUAAAGACCAAACAUAUAGUGCAUAUGCUUAAUUGGAAAAAUGUGACCAUCCCAAAGGAUAAUAGUAGUAAACCUUUAGCAUUUAAACCAGCCAAAAUAUUCUACCACUAAACAAUGUCAUUUUAAAAAUAAAUAACGACACCGUCAAAAUCUCUAAUCUACAAGAUAUUGCAUGAUAAAUUCAAAACAUUGUGAAUAAAUAAGCAGAACAUUAGACAGAGGAA